GAGAGGCCCAUGACGCCCAAGGUGGAAGGACUGAGUGGGGAAGAGUGGGGACGACUCCAGCAGUGGAGGGUUCUAGCUCUCGCCGCCUGCAAGAACACUGAUGAGUAUCGCAGGCGUCGGGAGCGCAAUAACCAGGCUGUAAAGAAGUCACGACAAAAAUCUAAGUUGAAAACCCAGCAGAUGAUGGAGCGA